UCGUGUAGCCCGUUGAGAAAAUUAUCACCAUGUCUGGACCACGAAGGAAUUAUCCGUUUGGAAAGUCGCAUCGUAGCAGCCUCGUAUACUUCAUUCGACGUCAGGUAUCCCAUCAUAUUACCCUCAAACCACGCUGCAACAAAACUGCUUUUAAAUUGGUACCAUCGUCGCUUGUUGCACGGGAACCAUGAGACAGUAGUUAAUGAAGUACGUCAAAAAUAUCACAUCUCUAAUCUCAGAUCCGUCUUGCGUAAGGUGGUCAAAGGUUGUUCAUUUUGUCGGGUUAGAGGGGCUAGGCCAUUGGUUCCCAGAAUGGCGCCACUUCCCGAAGCGAGGUUGCAAGCAUAUAUUAGGCCGUUUUCUUUCACUGGACUGGAUUACUGUGGACCGUUCAACAUCAGAAUUGGCCGGGCCACUGUGAAGAGGUGGAUUGCAUUGUUCACCUGUCUGACGAUACGGGCAAUUCAUUUAGAAGUCGUGCAUUCGCUCAGCACGGAAUCCUGCAAAAUGGCCAUUAGACGAUUUAUCGUACAUCAUGGGUCACCGAGAGAAAUAUACAGCGACAACGGCACCAACUUCGUGGGCGUUCGAAAUGAACUUUCCCGAGAGAUAAAAGCAGAGGAAUUAUCGGAGUGUUUUACAAACGCCAACACCAAAUGGAUUUUCAACCCUCCUUUGGCUCCGCAUAUGGGUGGAGCGUGGGAGAGACUGGUGCGCUCAGUCAAAGCCGCGAUGUGUGCCAUGCAAAUGACGAAAAACCCUGACGAAGAGACAUUCGCCACAAUCGUUCGAGAAGCGGAGGACAUCGUGAACUCGCGCCCUCUCACUUUCAUUCCCAUCGAAAACGGACAGCAAGAAGCUUUGACACCCAACCACUUUUUGAAGUUAAGUUCGGACGGGGUGACUCAGACGCCGAAAAGGUUGAAGGACGAUAGAUCAGCACACCGUAAUAAUUGGAAUCACCUUAACAAUGCUGUAGAUCAAUUCUGGUACCGAUGGGUACGUGAGUACUUACCUACAAUUACACGACGCACUAAAUGGUUUCACGACACGAAGGAAAUCGUACCUGGGGACCUUGUGAUAAUCGUGAACGAAUCGGAGCGUAAUGGAUGGACAAGAGGAAGAGUGGUAUCUUUAUCGACAGCGGCUGACGGAAGGAAACGGCGAGCGGUAGUUCAAACAUCUUCUGGACUUCUUCGGAGGGCGGUAGCUAAACUUGCACGAUUGGAGGUAGGAGGUAAAACUGGGUCCGAUUGACGAUAGUGCCCAGUGUUACGGGUCGGGGAAUGUUGAAGUAGUUGAUAACGUUUAGCCGCUAGAGGGUGUAGAAGAGAAUGAUGUAAAGAAACAGAAAAGAUAGGAAGAUUAGGGCGCACUUUUGAAACGUGGUCAGACGUACGUGGUUGAAUUGUUGAGUUCUUGGAUUAUUAUCUGAAAAAUUAAGAUAUUUAACGAUUGUAAGUAAACAAUAAUUAAUAGAAAUAGAAAAAGAAACAUAUACUUACCCGAAUCAUACUUACCAAAAUUGUAGCAAUAACAGCGAGUUGGAAAUUAGAUGUUGGAAGGAGAAUAAGAAAAUUGAGGUUACGGAAUUUGUAAGUUAAUGAUCAAUAAUGAAACGAAAUUGAAUUGUUACUAAUAAAAUAUUAUAGCUUUUAGCAAAA